UAAGUUCCAUGCAGUGUUAAAUCCUCUCUGCGGGGGGCGCCCCCCGCAGUGAUCUCGGGCGGACGGCAGGUGAGACGCACAGAAGGGAGGGUGAUGAGGGAGAGACGGCCACCGUCCUCAGCCAGCAGCGGGUCGACGUCACCAGAGGAUGGGAGCGAUGGGCACUCUGCUCCGCGGCUAUAAGAAGAGAUGGCGUCCUGGCGCCGGUGAAUAAGCAGAAAUCACACCGAGAUCCAAAUUAAAACCCCAGACGAUGAGACCGAGACCGGGGCUGAGAUGCUGCGUAGGCUGUUUGAACCAUCGGAUGGAGAACACGGGAGAUACAAUGUCGAUGAAGGCGACACUUUGAGGAUAUUACAGGAUCUGGAGGACACACACAUAGUUGUUGUUUUGUUUUUUCCACCAUUGUAGGGUUUUACUGUCAGGGGGGAGUGGUGGGUUCACUGUCCACCUCCGGGGCUCUCUGCUCAUCCGACGCAGGGAGAGACACGGGGGGAGGAGAGGGGAGACACGGCGGGGUGCCCAGGGAGAGAGGGGCGAUGGCGGCCGGCGGGGGCUCCGGGGAGCAGGUGGACCAGUACCGGGCCGAGGUGGAGCGGCUGACGCGGGAGCUGGCGGAGGCGAACCGGGAGAAGAUCCGCGCCGCCGAGUGCGGUCUGGUGGUUCUGGAGGAGAACCAAACCCUGAAGCAGCAGUACGCGGAGCUGGAGGCCGAACAGGAGGCUCUCCGCCAGGAGCUGGAGCAACUGCAGGAGGCGUUCGGCCAGGCCUACUACCAGCGCAAGGUGGCGGAGGACGGGGAGAGCAACGAGGCCACGCUGCUGCAGGAGUCGGCCACCAAGGAGGCCUACUACAUGGGCCGCCUGCUGGAGCUGCAGGCCGAGCUGAAGCACUGCCGCUCCAGCGCCAGCGGCGCCCAGGCCGACAGCCAGCAUGGGGGGCUUCUGCAGGAGACAAGAGAGAGUAACGAGAUGCUGGAGCUGCAGAGGAGUCGGAUGCGGGAGGAGAUCAGGGAGUAUAAGUUCCGGGAGGCGCGUCUCCUGCAGGACUACACGGAGCUGGAGGAGGAGAACAUCUCCCUGCAGAAGCUCACGUCCACACUCAAGCAGAACCAGGUGGAGUACGAGGGGCUGAAGCACGAGAUCAAGGUGCUGGUGGAGGAGACGGAGCUGCUGAACAGCCAGCUGGAGGAGGCCCUGCGGCUGAAGGACAUCUCCCAGGCGCAGCUGGAGGAGGCGCUGGACUCGCUGAAGAACGAGCGCGAGCAGAAGGUGCACCUCCGCAAGGAGCUGGUGCACCACCUCAGCAUGUGCGACGUGGCCUACACGGGCAGCGCCCACCUGACCUUCACCUCCGCGCCGCCCAGCGGCACCGCCACGCCCACCGCCCUGCUCUCGCCCACCUCCGAAGACUCCGCCUCCAGGUGUAAUGGACAUCUCCAGGGGGCAAUAGGGGUGGGGCCAAAUGUCGGGUCUGGAAUCCGGGCCAAUGGGGAGUGUCGGGGGGCGGGGCGUAAGAUGGAGGGGGUGGGGCCUGACCUCUUCUCUGAGAUCAACCUGCCGGAGAUGCAGAAGCUCAGGCAGCAGCUGAUACAGGUGGAACGGGACAACCUGUCUCUGAUCAGCCGCCUGCAGGAGUCCCAGACCCAGCUGCAGCACACGCAGGGUGCCCUGGACGAGCAGCACGACAGGGCCCUCCGCCUCAGCCAGAAGGUCACCGUGCUGCGGCGCCUGCGCCGUGGGGCCCAGCUCGCCCGAGGGGCCUCCUCCGACUCGGACUCCCAGCUCCACGGGGAGGCCCAGUCGGAGCAGGAGAUGGAGGAGGAGGAGAAGGAGGGACUAGACGAUGAAGACGAAGAGGGCAACAGAGAGGGGGAGAGGAGGGGCAGCAGGUGUCACGUGUUUGCGUACCAGACGCCGGGGCUGGAGAUCCUGCAGUGUAAGUACCGGGUGGCGGUGACGGAGGUGGUGGAGCUGAAGGCGGAGCUCCAGAUGAUUAGGGAGCGGUCGGCUGCGGCAGCGGCGGCGGCGGGGGCGGGGGAGGAGAAGGCGAGGGAGGGGCCGUCGGUCAAAGAGAUGGAGGUGCAGGUGGCUCGUCUGGAGAUGAGCUGUCGGGAGGGGCGAGACAAGGUGAAGGGUCUGGAGGCAGACCUGCGCGCGGCCCAGGGUCAGGUGACGGAGGGCCAGGGGGCGCUGAACGCAGCUCAGGACGAGCUGGUGACGCUGAGCGAGGAGCUGGCCCAGCUGUACCACCACGUCUGCCUGUGCAACAACGAGACCCCCAACCGCGUGAUGCUGGACUACUACAGGCAGGGCCGGGGCCUGAGGGGUCUGGCCGCGGGCCUCAAGGCCCUGUCGGCGGACGAGAGCCGCGUGCUGCUCACCCCCCGCCUGGCCCGGCGCCUGGCCGCCGUCGCCGCGGCGACCGCCAGCCCCGGGGAGUCGCGGAGCCCCUCACAGUCCCCGUCCAAAGAGCCGCCGUCCAGGGGGGAGGGGCCGCAGAAGGACGCCCCCCAGGGCCCCUCCCCCUCCCAGCGGAGCCCCGGGCCCCACACCCCGCCCACCCGCUCGCCCAGCAUCAGUGCCUCUUCAUCGUCGUCAUCCUCCUCGUCCCCCGCCCUGGAGCCCGCCGGCGAGCUCCGCAGGGAGCCGCUGAACAUCUACAACCUGAACGCCAUCAUCAGGGACCAGGUGAAGCACCUCCAGCGGGCGGUGGACCGCUCCCUGCUGCUGUCCCGGCAGCGGGCGGCGGCCCGGGAGCUGGCCCCGCUGCUGGACAAGGACAAGGAGAGCUGCCUGGAGGAGAUCCUGAAGGUCAAGUCCCUGCUGAGCACCAAGAGAGAGCAGAUCGCCACGCUCAGGCUGGUCCUGAAGGCCAACAAACAGACGGCGGAGGUGGCGCUGGCCAACCUGAAGGGGAAGUACGAGGCGGAGAAGUCCAUGGUGACCAACACCAUGACCAAGCUGAGGAACGAGCUCAAGGCACUGAAGGAGGACGCCGCAACCUUCUCCUCCCUCAGAUCCAUGUUCGCUAGCAGGUGUGACGAGUACAUGACCCAGCUGGACGAGAUGCAGAGGCAGCUGUCGGCGGCCGAGGACGAGAAGAAGACGCUCAACUCCCUCCUGAGGAUGGCCAUCCAGCAGAAGCUGGCCCUGACCCAGCGGCUGGAGGACCUGGCCUUCGACCAGGAGCAGACCCACCGGGGCCCCCGCGCCGGGGCCAAGCCCGGCCGCGCCCGCACCGCCACUCCCAAAGUAAGUCCCCCGUCCUCGGGCCUGACCCGGGGCCCCACGACGACCUCGGGCCCCUGUAGCCACCCCCCCUCCACCCUAGUCAGCCCCACUUCGGCGGGUUUUGAUAAGGCCCACGUUCUGACACGUAGCCCCUCGUUCGUGGGUUCGGCCGCCACCGCUCUGGCCUCGGGCCUCGCCUCCCCUACCUCCCCUCCUGCCCCGUCCAUGCCGCCCUCGCCCCUGCGGCCGGGGCCCCGGCCCCUCGGGAGCCCGCCGCCCCUGGAGACGCCCGCCUUUUCGUCGGCCUGGACGCCGCACGCCACGCCGCUGCGGGUGCCCCCCUCCCAGUGGACCCUGGGCUUGCGGACGGUGGUGGUCGACUCCCACAGUUUCAGCGUCAGCAUCUCCCCCACCAACCCGUCCCGCGGCCUCCUCUCCAGGGAGCACGCCUCCGACGGCCCCCAGCUCUCGCCCUCCCCCGCCGGCUCCGCCUCCACCCUGUCUAGGUCCCCCCAGCCCAGCUCCGGCGCCGCCUCCCAGUACCGCUCCCUGCUCCCGUCUGGCCGGCGCUCCGCGUGGAGCUCCACGCCGCGGGCUCGGCCCCUGUCCACGCUGUCGCGGCCCUCGGCCCGCUACACGCCGUCCUUCUCCUCCCCUUACUCGUCCUUCCACUCCCCAGCCUCCUCCUACGGUUACUCCUCGGCGUACGGAAGCGCCUCCUACGCUUCGUCUAGUGCAAACAGGUCCUCCCCUUCCUCCUACAACCACUCCUCCAGCUACAGCCCGCUCUACCCACGGUACUACAGCCCCCAUCAGCCCCGGCACUGAUGCCCCCCCCCCCCCCACACACACACACACACACCCACACACACACACACACGCACACUAAACUCUUACAGACCUUUUUCCCCCUUUACCUUUGACUGCACACUAACACUGACUCAAUGCGGACACUACAACUCCCAUCAACCUCCUUGUUCUGUCGCCGGGCAGAUGGAGAGAAUGGGGAUCACAGAGAGGAAGACACAAUGGUUUCCUUUUUCCUGUUUCCUGUGCCUAAGCCUUGACCAAUGGGGUUUGAAUGUUCAGUGACUUUGCUCAGGGAUUUGACAAGAGGAGCACAUGUGGCCCCGCCUUCUUUCCGUUCUGAGACUGUUGAUUAGUCUACAGGAUGGUCGUAGAGACUUUUUAAAGAGUGUUUUUAUAGUACGAGCUCUUGGUUCUGCCUUCCGGGCUGAACUUCACAUAUGCAUGAAGUGAUCUACACUCAAAAGGUUCCAACAGUUGUUGUUUUAAACUCACUUCACAACACUUGACAUGUUACUCCAUUUCCAUCUCUAGUAUAAUACUCACUCUCUUUUGAAUGCAGAACACAUAAUCAUGCGAACACAUGACAGUUAACCAAAUAGUCAUCCAAAGUCUUUACUUCUGGAUGAGGUCAUCUUUGUUUGUCGUUUGUGGAGAUGCCAUGAGAGUUGUUGUGAUGUCACUGCUAAGAACGAGGACAAACGGGGGGACUUGUGGGGGGUCAAGGCAGAAGGAACCUGAAGUACAUCCAGGAUAAGACUUUAUUGGUUGAUUUGAUUUUGACUGGUUUAAGGGGGAAGGGGGAGGGGGGGGACUUCCAGCCAUCGGUUCUAAGUUCGAAGCCCAAUGUUUGCAGUCUACUCUUGAGCCAAAGACCGAAUGCUUUUCUGCUCUUUAAUAACAUGUAUCUCAAGUCUCUGUACGGUGGUACAAAGUCAGUCCUCAUCCAAACUACGAUUUAAAUCAAUCCUAAGAUUCAUGGGCCCGAUGGACUGAUUGGCUCACAUCUGCUGAAACGCCCACCAUUUCAAUCGCUGAUUGGCUCAAAGUGAUGUCACUUACCAAACAUGGCUGGUGACCUCACUUUAUUUAAGGGAAAUGCAGUGGGCUACGUUUCACAUGAUUAUACUGCAAGGGGGUAACUUUAAACUUUCAGUCCAGCCAAGGGUUCAAUAUAGCCUAACCAAAUGGGUGUACAGACUGUACAGACUUUUCCAGUGCUUAUUUGCCAUGUUUCAUUUAGCAUUUACCAAUAAUGUCCCCAACAGCUCCAAACCUUAACCUCGGAUCAAGCUGUCCUAUUAAACAAAAAGUAUCAGAAAUCGACUACCCAUCCCCAAAUCUUGAACAUAAUAACUAAACUUCUGGCGGGCCAUAGCUAGUCUAAAACCUUAACUCUAACUAUCUCUUAUCUAAGUCCUUAGCUCAAACAUCUCAGACAAUACCUUAUCACAACCCCCUAUAAUGUAAUAUCUACAUUUCUCUACUGCAUUGUGGGAAAAGACCGCUGGAAAAGUCCUUAUAGUUUUCACUCAAAGCCAUUUACCUAGCUAUGCAUGUUUAUAUUGGGAUGAUGAUUUCACAGCUGUAGUACUUGUACUUACUCUGUCUAGUACUACUGGCUGAAUGGAGAAUAACAUUCAGCCAUUCAUUCAUGUUUCAAUGAACAUAGUGGGCCCACAAAAGCAAAAAACAAAUACGGUUCCAAGAAUGAGAGCCACCAAAUGUCAUUCGGCCAUUGGUCAGAGAACAAAGCACCUUUACUGCUCAACAUCUGAUUGUUUAUCCGCUGUUACGUCAUCGGCUCUUUCACUGUUGACUGUGUUUCUUUUUAUGAAUGAGUUGAUACUGCAGCUCAUUGGCAGGUUAGGUAUGACCGUGUCCCCUAUCUGUCGCUCAUUGCAUCAGUGUUACCAUUAACAUUAACACCAUUAAAACAUCAACUGUGGCUACAGAGUUAUUAGUGUGUUACUGUUAAGGGGACUGCAUUCAGCAAUGUACGUAGCACAUCGGUACGUAUUAACAACAAUAUUAUUAAACCAAAGACAAGAACAUAAUUAUGUAUUGCAAAGAUUAGCAUUUUAAGUAACACAUCUUUUGACCUAAUACAUUUGAUAAUUUUUUCUAAGCCCAAAUACCCAUGCACCGAGAUACACAACAUAUCAGACUUGCCCUUUUCUUUCCAAGAAACACCCUAAAGAGAUGCUGCUUACCAACUGACUGUGUCUGGAACUCUGGCGCCCCCUGUCGCCUCAGACCGCCACUGCAAAGGAAGAUAAAACAUCCUGUUAUCGGAGCGCUUGCUCAUGACAUCACACCAAAGUCAGGGAGAGGGGCCGACCUCAUCUUACCUGCACAUCUGAUCCAUCACUAAAUCACUGCUUGUAACUUGUCACUGGCUAUUGAGACAAAAGAGGAGAUUAUUAGAUCAUUAGGGGAAGUAAAACAUUUUUAUUGGCUUUAUUUAGUUUUGCUGUUGGCCUUAGAGUACAGCAGUACUGAAUAUCUCUGCUUUGGGUGUGUAUGUAUGUAUGUAUAUAUGUAUGUUCGUAUGUAUGGUGUGUAUGUAUGUGUGAAUGUAAAUGCAAGACUGUGUGCGUGCAGAAAGCAGUGUAAAGCACUACCUUUGCCUUGCCUUGUUCGUCUCUAAGUUGUGAAAGUGCAGAACACUAUUCUUAAUUCUGAAAGAAAAGUCAAGGUACUUUGACAGGCAGAACAAGUGUAAACAAUGGCUCCUCGUCUGAUAUGUUGUGGACCAUGUAUCUGCUAGCCUAGCUUAACCACCACCCCCAUCUCCUCUAUCUGUAUUCUCAUGCUGCUCAUGCAUGGAGGCUGUGCAUCAAUUGGUCUGCUGAUGUCUAUGACUCUCGUCCGUCUCUGUAAACGGCCAAUCCCUCUCGCCUACCACCCUCAUGCUUCCGAGCCUGGACCGUAGGUCACUUCCUUGGAGCAAGGGAAGUGAUGUCAUCAUGUCCAGAUUAGAUUCCAUCGGCGAAAAAGGAAACCACCUCCUCUCUGUGAUACCCCCUCUCCUCCACGUGCCCGCGCAGACAGAACCACACACACACACACACACACACACACACACACACACACACACACACACACACACACACACACACACACACACACACACACACACUUUGUGAAAUAUUGUAUCCAAUACAAACCUCCUACUUUUAUUAUUUGCCAAUAUUCAAAUUACAAUCUGAUGUAGAUUUAUAUCUGUCAAAAACCAAAAAUAUUUUCCGUUAAAUUUGGAAGAACAGCAUGUUGGCGACAAAGGGGUUGGCCGGUUCAGUGGACGUGUUGGUUUAUCAACAUAAAGUUCCCUUGGCAGCAGUAGGACGAUUCCAUGUGAUGCAGAGGUCACACAGAACAGACUAACUAAAGCACUGAUAUCCUGAUGUCCUUUGAUGUUUCUCCCUGCAAUUCUGCAAGGUUAGAUUUAUGUUUCCGGUUAAAGGCAGAGUAGAAUUCCUAUGAUAGCCGAGGGAGGGACACCAUAAUGCAUCAGCUUUUAUCAAAUAACAUAUAAAUCAAAAACAGAACAAUGGAGAUGGAUUUUAAUAUAUUACACUGUCGCUUUGCCAUAUAAACUACACCCCACCUCUCCUGGGACUCCUCUCAUAACCCCGUCAUAAUCAUAAACUGACGGCUCUGUGUGUUGUGCACCAACAAGAAAAGCUGCAAUGCCAUUCCACCUUUACAAGUUUAUUAAAUAUGCAAUCUGAGGACAAAUGUCUCCUGAAAAGCCUGUAUCAUGUGACUGAACAUGGUGGUUGAGUUAGGGUGUGAGGGGGAUGUUUUGGAGUAGCUGGAUGUUGGUUUUUGCACCACAUGAAACUAUUAAUUCCGGCACACUGUUAAACAACACGCCACCAAUUGUAACAGAUGCCUGACUUUGCUUUUGAGCACUUUAUAUGCACGUGUACAUAGGUAUUUUAAAGUUGAACCUGUACAUUGUCAUGUUAAUAUUCCUAUUUCCUGUAAUUAUCAUAUAUAAAUGAACAGUAUUUUCUGUG